CGAGGUCUCUCCGAUUUUGCACAGGUCAUGUUAACAGUCAAAACCACCCUCGUAUCAGUCCAUGCCCAUAAUCGCCGCGCGGUGCAUGCAGGGAACACACAGUAGUUUCAAGAUGGCGGCGAGCAGGAGGCUGGCCAAGGAGCUUGAAGAAAUUCGCACAUCUGGAAUGAAAAACUUCAGAAACAUUCAAGUCGAGGAAUCAAACCUAUUGUCAUGGCAAGGGCUCAUUGUUCCUGACAACCCUCCUUAUGACAAAGGUGCAUUCAGGAUCGAAAUCAUUUUUCCCACUGAAUACCCCUUCAAACCUCCUAAGAUCACAUUCAAAACAAAGAUCUAUCAUCCCAACAUUGAUGAAAAGGGCCAGGUGUGCUUGCCUGUGAUCAGUGCAGAGAACUGGAAGCCUGCCACCAAAACCGACCAAGUUAUUCAGUCUCUUAUUGCACUGGUGAAUGACCCCCAGCCCGAGCACCCCCUGAGGGCAGACCUAGCAGAGGAAUACUCAAAGGACCGUAAAAAAUUCUUGAAGAACGCUGAAGAGUUUACAAAGAAACAUGGCGAGAAGCGGCCAAUGGACUGAUCACCUGACGCCCGCGUAGCCCUCUCUCUCUCUGUCUCCUCCCCCCACCCCCACCCAUCUCACCUGCCUGACCAAAUACAGAAGAAUCUUCCCUCUUGCUUCUCUGCUGCCCCCUCAAGCCCACCCACAACUCACCACCUUCAUUCCUUGCUCUGUCAUUCACUUACUCACUCACCCACUCAAUCACUGUCCUCCUCCAGCCUGCCCCCCUAGCCCCCACUGACCAGGAGCUGCCCAGCUGAAGCCAGGCAGUGGUAGCCUCCCCUUCCCUCCAGGACUCUCUGUGGAUCAGACAGCUUCCUCUUCCUUCUCCUCCCAACAAACAUCCAAACCAUAGCUAACUUUUUACUCUUUUCUCAAACUGAUUUUCUUAAAGUGUGGGGGAAAAAUGAGGGAAUAUGAUCUUCUAACGAAGAGUUAGAUGGAAACACUCGGAGUAAAUUGUUUUCUGUUGACUUUUUCCUUUAAACAGCUGAUGUGUUAAAUAGAUCAAAGUCUUGAGUAUUUUAUCUUUUGCAGAACAGGAAGUGGUGAUAAUUUUUCCUCUUUCUCCUUUCCCCAUCAUCAAUAAUCUUUUAGGGUUAGGAAAACCCAAACAUGAAUAGGAGAAGCUGUAGGUAGGUCCUGGGGGCCCCAACAUGUUGUUUUACACUCCCCCUCCUCUGCUUCUAGACUGGCAUUGUGCUCUGCAGAACGUCCUCCCUAACAUCACCAUCCUAACGAGUAGAAACGACAGGCCACACCAGUGGAAUAGUUAUUGCUAAAAGGGCCAUGGAAGAUUAUUGAAUGCAAAAAUAAAAUGAUAAAUUUGAAAAAAAAAAACACAUCAAUUUUCUUAAAUGUAUUUGAUGUUUUUUUUGGCGUUACACAUCAGUUGCACUAUCAGACCAAGCUGUUAAGCAGUUUUUAUGCAUUACAAAUGGCUACUGUGAUUUUCUUUUUCCAUUAAUGUUUUAAUAAUUUGCUGAAAUUGUUUUGAUUGGCACAUGGCGUAUAAAAUUGACAGGAAUGUGGAAAGAACAUGUUAUUUUAAAACAUAUUCACGCACGUGUCCUUUAUCACUCAUCACUUAGAAACAGAGCUUUUACCUCGUUGUGAUAUGUUCCAGUGGCAAAUGUGACUGUCGGCUGCUUAGCCGAAGGAAACUUCAGGGGGUCGUCAGGCGAGGUGGGGUGGGGCUGUGGGUCCUGGAGAAGGAUGCACUUAGCUGGAAUAGAGCUCAACACUUCUGAAGGCGGUCCUAGAAACAAGCAUCUUGAAGGCAGCUGGAAGAGGGCUGGCUGUCUGGGGAUGUCUCAGGACACGGAAAAGACUGCAAUGGCCAAAAUGAAAUCCACCAUGUAACAGCAGUUUGACCUGGUCCCAAUAUUGUUUCAUAAUAAAGAUGGCUAACAAUUUGGCCUCACUGUC